CUAGAGUGCCGGGCGUGGUAGCGAGAGGCUCGUGAUGGCUGUGAAGAUUGAACGCGGCUCCCACAUAGAAAUGCCAGGAUGCGAGUCAACAGAUAGGGCAAAGGCCGUUGAUCGCGCCCACGAACGUCACGCUACGAGCAAAGGUCGGUGUGGUGGAGCGUCGUCUCCAGAUCUAGCAUCAAGUCUCACCGCGUAUGGACCGAGUAGAUGACACCGGUGGGAUGGCCAGCGUUGCGCGCUAAGUAUCUUGACACGGCGGCACAAUUCGGGGGGUCUCGCAGGCUCGGGUCUGGUGAUCAGGGCGGUGGUGAGGUAGCGCGGCGACGAUGACGAUGGCAGUGGUAAUUCAAUGGAUGUCGUGUCCUCAGGGCAUCAUGAAGACGCUCUGCACAUUUGUUUUCAGCUAUCGCAUCUGGCGGAGCGUACAGGAGGGUCAAGAGGCCGCAGAUCUCGCUUGUGCUCGUGCUUGGCCUCCCCUGCAACAGGUCGAUCGCGAUCGCACUCGACGUGGGCUGGAGCUGGAACAACCGCGCGAUACUCUCCAGGCUGCUUCAGGGCUGCAUCGCCUUCGAGACAGGGCUAUGACACCACACAUGGCAUUCUUCGAAUGCCCAUUCCAUGCCAUUCGCGACUGGCGUAAUUUCCGCUGGGUAUCGUUGGCGGUCCUCGAGUCACCCUCUGAUGGAGCCGACGUCAUGGAUCUGGUUCUAGAACCCAAGGCUCAGACCAUGCAACACAGACCCCAUCAAUCCACCCAUCCUCCCAUUCGUCUCAACGCAACCUAACUUGCAAUCACUUUCGGACUCUCCUGAUGCUUUGCGUCUAGUUGCUUACUAUUCACGACUAGCCAAACGUCUCAUCGAUGCUCCUGUCCCGCCUUCUCGUCCGGCUCAAAUUUAGACCGGCGUGCCGGUGGCUCUUUCCCCAACCUCGGGUGGCUCUUUCCCAUCCGCGAUACACAAAAACAACGCCAAGCGUCUCGUCCUCUUCUUCGCCAUCCAGUCGUCUGACUGCCAGACGCAAAACACCAAACAGUCGUGCAAGCGCAGUUCAUGGCUAAUCCUCGGCGGCUUUUGGCCCAGGGUCGCCUUGUUACUUGAUGAAUUGCGUAAUGCCCACGUGUGCGUACCGUUCCG